UUCGUCAUCCUGCUCAUGGCGGUGUACUGGUGCACAGAGGCCCUGCCCCUCUCGGUGACGGCCUUGCUCCCCAUCAUCCUCUUCCCCUUCUUGGGCAUCCUGCCCUCCAACAAGGUCUGCGCCCAGUACUUCCUGGACACCAACUUCCUCUUCCUCAGCGGUCUGAUCAUGGCCAGCGCCAUCGAGGAGUGGAACCUGCACCGGAGAAUUGCCCUCAAGGUCCUGAUGCUCACUGGGGUCCAACCGGCCAGGCUCAUCCUAGGGAUGAUGAUGACCACCUCCUUUCUGUCCAUGUGGCUGAGCAACACGGCCUCCACUGCCAUGAUGCUGCCUAUCGCCAGCGCCAUCCUGAAGAGUCUCUUUGGCCAGGAGGUUCGUAAAGACCUCAGCUGGGAGACUGAAGAGAAAGCAGCUGCUGUGCGGAAAAACGGCCUGCAUACUGUGCCCACGGAGAUGCAAUUUAUUGCCGGCACAGAAGACAAAGACUGUCCUGAGGAGGCGGAGGCUCCAACGGAUCUCCAGGCUAACUCUAAGAAGGAGGAGGAAUAUCGCAGAAACAUCUGGAAGGGCUUCCUCAUCUCCAUCCCCUACUCAGCCAGCAUCGGGGGCACCGCCACCCUCACGGGCACGGCCCCCAACCUCAUCCUACUUGGCCAGCUCAAGAGUUUCUUCCCACAGUGCGACGUGGUGAAUUUCGGCUCCUGGUUCAUCUUCGCCUUCCCUCUCAUGCUGCUGUUCCUGUUGGUGGGCUGGCUCUGGAUCUCCUUCCUGUAUGGAGGGAUAACCCUGAGGGGCUGGAGGAAGAAGAAAUCUGAGAUCAGAAGUGAUGCAGAAAAAAGAGCUCGAGCCAUGAUUCAGGAGGAAUUCCAGAACCUGGGGCCCAUCAAGUUUGCUGAACAGGCCGUGUUCAUCCUUUUCUGCAUAUUCGCCAUCCUCCUCUUCUCCCGGGACCCGAAGUUCAUCCCCGGCUGGGCCAGCCUCUUCACCCCUGGGUUUAUUUCUGAUGCUGUCACUGGCGUGUCCAUUGUCACCAUCUUGUUCUUCUUCCCGUCCCAAAAGCCAUCUCUCAAGUGGUGGUUUGACUUUAAAGCUCCCAACACAGAGACAGAGCCCUUGCUGACAUGGAAGAAGGCUCAGGACACGGUGCCCUGGAACAUCAUCCUUCUCCUGGGAGGGGGCUUCGCCAUGGCCAAAGGCUGUGAGGAGUCCGGGCUAUCCGCAUGGAUUGGUGGGCAGCUGCACCCCCUGGAGAAGGUGCCGCCAGUGCUGGCCGUGCUGAUCAUCACUGUGGUUGUCGCCUUCUUCACAGAGUUUGCCAGCAACACGGCCACUAUCAUCAUCUUUCUGCCUGUCCUGGCGGAACUGGCCAUCCGUCUGAGGGUGCACCCCCUUUAUUUGAUGAUCCCCGGCACAGUCGGCUGCUCCUAUGCCUUUAUGCUUCCAGUCUCGACACCCCCCAACUCAAUCGCCUUCGCCUCUGGACACUUGCUGGUCAAAGACAUGGUGCGGACGGGACUCCUGAUGAAUGUGAUGGGCGUCCUGCUGCUCAGCUUGGCCAUGAACACUUGGGCACAGACCAUCUUCCAGCUGGGCACCUUCCCGGACUGGGCCAACAUCCACCUAACCAAUAUCACAGCACUGCCAUCCACCUUGGCCAAUGACACAUUUCAGACCCUCUGAGUCCCCCUCAGGUACUGUCUCUGGGCUGGGCCCUCCCAGAAGUUCGCGCUAUCAUCUGCUGCCAGGACCCUACAGGAUGAUCAAGCAAUUCUUCUCUGUGAUCCAGUACGCAGCAAGCAAGGGUGACUUCCAGUGGUCCACUUGGGUCCAUAGUCUCGUUAUCUAGGAUACCUUCUCCUCUGUCAUGCAGUUCAGGGUGCAGCUACCUCCCAGAUCUGCUGCCUGAGCAACAGGCUCCUUUAUCUCUGAGCUGUUCUGUGGUUAGGAUGCAAGAAAGCCCAAUUUCAGCAACAAUAAGCAAAUCUGGAAUGGCGUUUGUCUUGAAUAGGUAGGGUGGGAAGCACAGCUAGUAUCCCUCACUGACUACACAAGUUACCAUCUGGAGAGACCGUCUUGCCUUUAGGGAUCGCCUUCCUUCAAGAGACUUUGGGGCUGCUGGGUCCCAGUCCAGCUGUUCCAGCUGUUCACAGCUGGUGUGUGCUCUGCUUGGUGGGGGCCAAUUCUCUGCCAGUUAUUCAAAUAUCACCCCUGCUGAUACCCAGCAGCCAGGGGUAUUUUCAAUCCCUGGAGACAGGGGGAGGGACAGAUGACAUCCUGAGGACAUAGAGAUCGUGCAAAGCCUCCUUGCUGCUUCUCCGGGCUCCCGAGCGCACAAGGGGAGUUCUAGACCUUUCUACUGAAGCUUAUUAGGAUUUUCCUGUUCAGUCUGAUUGGGUGUGGCCACAGUUUCAGGGUCAGGCCAAGUCUGGGCCAUGCCCUCUCACAGGUGACCCGUGGCCCCUCCAGCCAGGCCCCUUCCACAUGUGGCCCGCAGGGGCCUUCGUGGCUGCAGGCUUCUUCUUGUUCCAGGAGCUGGUCUUUACCUCCCCACCCCGACCCGAAGCGGUAAGCAUGUUUGAUUAGCAAAGGCCACAUUUUUCAGGGGUGAGAGAAAAGUCAAAAGAUAAAUUGGGGCCUUGUAAGAGGUAAAUGUCUCAGGCAGGGAAACACCAUAAUCCUCUUCUACAGACGAGGACAAAUUAAGACUUCCCCUGAGCCAGUGGCUGGUGGGGCCUGUCCUAGAGGAUCUGAUCCCUCCUUGCUUCAAGUAGGAACAUCUCGAAAAGGCACCGGCUGAGGGGCCCAGAAAGCUCACAUCCCCGGCUUCCUACGCCUCUGAGGGAUGAGGUUCCCCAAGCAGCUCGGGCUGGGAAGCAGCACCCAGGGACUGAACUUGUUCUUGAAACAGCACAAGUGAGUCAUGGAUGUUCCCCUGGGAGCAGUGGGGAGGAGGGAGAAUGGGCUCCUUGUCCUUCCCGUGGGGUUACUUCAACAUUUAGUCACAGUUACAGCCCGUUGGGGUGGGGCGUGCACUCCUAUUGGAU